AUGAAGAAAGGAGACAAAACCAUGAAAGUGUCCCACCCAAAGUCCCACCCUUGUUCAAGGCGAAAUCUCCACUACAGGAAGGAUAUCAAGAAGAAAUGCUAUAGCCGACCACAACCAUCAUACCUAUGGAGGUUUAAGGAAGGUUUCAAAGGAGGAACAUACCCAAUCCCAAGGAACAAGGCGCGCACCACAUGGGAAUGA